UGCCACAUUGCUUUUGACGUUCCGUAGCCGGCUCGUUCUCGAACACGAUCACAACCGUCGACCCACCACCGAUAAACAAUCACGAUCCGAUCGUCUAUUUACCAUGUGCGAAUCGGGUUUGUCAGGGUGAAAUGUUUGCGAAUUGUCGACGUGCUGUGCUUCAUGUUUAACAUUUCUUCUGGAUGGCUAAAGAAACUAAUGACAGUCAUGUAAAGCGUCCGAUAAAAGCACAGUGAAGUGGGAGUAUUUUGAUUGAUUGGUUUGUGUUAUUAUAAUGAUAAGAUCUAACUCAUUUUGAACAAAAUGGGUCGGCACAGUGUCUUCGAUGUUGUUGUUGUGUUAGUGUUCAGUAUCGUUCUUUUCCAACAUGUUUCGUCCAGUCCGUCUCCGAUCAAAAGGACGGAAGCGAAAAAGGACCAUUGCAACAAGACAGUGGACAUCUACGAGGAUGUCGCCAGUCCGGAGGUGACGCAAGACAAUUUCGGCAAACCGAUGACCUGUUGGUACCGGUUCCGUUCGUUCCGCGGCACUCCAAAGGACUGGAUAUUGAGAAUCAAGUUCAACAAGUUCAAAGUGGGCAGUUUGCUCAACGCCAGCCACUGCGAGGGCGGAUACAUGCAGAUCGUGGACGGCAAUGCAAAAACGGAUGUCAGCAACCGGAAGGAGCCAGGCAUGUUCUGUGGCGAGAGCGAGCAACCGCAGACGUUCAUGUCUGAAACGUCGUUCGUGAAGGUCGUAUUCCACAGCGAGAACUUCACGGACCAAACGUACUUCAGCUUCGACACGCGGGCCGAGCAGCAGCUAGUCGUCUAUCUGCGCUACGGACAGCAUCCGGAGCUGUAUCCGAACAGGAGAGGAGAAGUUGUGCAAGGAUCAUAUUGCGAGAGGAUGUUCCGAGACUGUCGUCUCCAGACGUGUUACGUCCAGUCGCCGGCGUAUCCAGGGGUUUAUCCUAGAAACUUACACUGUAGAUAUUACUUGAACACAAGACUGCCUUUUAUUAAACUAUAUAUCGAGAAUGAGGAAUUCAAUAUUGACGGACAGAGAUGCGAGAAUAUCAUGACUUGUCCUAUGCGACCAAUCUCAUCAGGCCAAGAGAACUGUCCCUACGACUACAUAAAAAUCUACGACGGAAAAAACGAGUUCAGUCCGGUAAUAGGGACGUUCUGUGGCAUGGGCAAGUUCCCCUACUCCAUUAUCGGCACUUCGCAGGACCUUUUCGUCGAGUUCGUGUCCUCACCAGCAGGUCCUCUACUCAACACAGGAUUCCACUUCAACGUUGGCAACUGGCCGGGACAUGUCGACACGGCGGGCAGCAGGAACGGCACAUGUGAUUGGCUCUUGUCGUCUGAAAGCUUGAGGGCCUCAGGUGAUUCCGAAGGGAUUUUUCUAUCGGUCGCGCACUGGUAUCCACCCCACACCAGCUGCACUUACUUGAUGCAGGGCGAGGAAGGCGAGAUUGUCAGACUGUAUUUCCCUAGCUUUAGAAUAAACAGAAUAGAAUCACCUAUCCAGCCAAUAGAAGGAGAUUGUGGCGAAUCUUUAACAUUGUAUGACGCCUCUUGGCCCGAUGACUCAAAAAUUAUCAAAACCUUCUGUGAUACAUUCUCUAAGGCUAUGGAAAAACAUGAUUUCGUAUCAACUGGCAACGCGCUUUUCGUAAGAUUUGAAAGCAAAACUGGAAGUUAUAGCGGCUCUUCAUUAUAUUAUUGGGCUCAUUAUGACUUCUUCAACAACACUAAACUAGGAGAACCAGUACCAGGUAAACCAUGCGAUGAAGUAUUUGCUUCGUGGAGGCAAACAAGGGGAUGGGUGCGGUCUCCCUUAAACACAUUAGUCUACAAACAAGCUCAAUCCAAUGAAGAUGUUCAAUGCCUCUAUAGAUUUGUGACAGACAAACGACUGUUCGCCAGAGUCAUACUCACAGUAACAAACAUUUAUUUCAAAGAGCACCCAUACAAUCCAGGUCCAUGCACAAAUUGUCUGGAAGAUCGCGUGGAUAAGUUAAUAAUCUGGGAACCAAACCCAAGUGGUGGUAACGCAACCCACCAAAUAUCGCUUAGUAAAGCUGCCCAAAGCGGAGAAGUGUCUUGUCUCUGCAACCGUCAAUCGUUUCCCACACAAGUCAUAUCAAAGGGCGAGCAAUUGAAUUUACAACUUAUCGUAGAUUCAGCACACUCAGCCCUCAGUUACUUCAAGCACACCUCGCCGUUAUUUGAGGCUCAAUAUGAGUUCGUACACGGACCACUUUGUGGCCCGCCUAUUAUUCAUCCAGCAACUGAUGGAGAGAUCCACUAUCCAUAUUACGAAGCUAUAGGAUAUGUAGAACCCCCCAAAUCGAUUAGGUGUAUUUGGGAAAUCAAGGUUAACAGAGAUAGAGAUUUAUGGCUGCAUUUCGACAGGAUUAAAUUUUCAUCCAAAUCUUGCGACGAUGGAAUUGUAGACAUAUUUUUGAAGGGUCGUCUCGAUCCAUAUUUGUCCCUCUGCGGGGAGAACGUCUCCUUGGCGAAGGAGCUGCCUAUUUUAUCAUCAGCUGAACUUAGUCCCGACAGUUCAGACCCAAGCAUUACUAUUCAGUUCAUCGGUCGGACAUCGCCCACCAGAGCGGCAUUCAAGAUCGCUUGGACUGAACUCUUCCAUCUUCCUAGAAAUGUAGAUGGCAGCUUAAUGCAAUCGAGGUUAACUGACGGAGGAAUUGCUCAAGAUCUGGUUGAUGGAUGUGAGUUCGCGUGUCCAGGAGAACAAGGACUUUGCAUUCCAGAACGACUUGUCUGCAAUGGAAUUGUUAACUGUCCAAACGUCACGGAAUACAAAGGAACAGCGUUUAGCGAUGAGGCACCGGAGCUCUGCAUAAAAGAUUCAGCACCGGAAAUCAACUGGAUCUAUGUCGGUGUCGCAUUCGUAUCAGUGAUCGUCUUGAUGUGUUGCUGUUGCGUCUGCAUCUGCAGAAGAUGUUGCAGAUAUUGUUGCGGUGACGAUUAGAUGAAGUGAUGUUAAAAAUAAACCUCCUUGUUCAAUUUUCCAAAGCCUUAAUACAAAUAUAAUGAACUUUAUAUUUAUAAGACAGUUUUGGUUUUUUUCGGUGAGUUGUUUGUCACGCGUUUGUGUUUGGUUUGGGGAACUACCAAAGGCUUGAUGGAUAAUCCAAUUUGUCUUACAGAUUAGGAAAAUGUAGGAAGUUGAUAGUGUUAGAACUCACUGAAUUUAUAGCACAAAUAUAGUGUUAUUUUACAAUUUCAGUAUUCAUCAAUCCUCUAUUGUUAAACUUCCCAGUGUAAAUGUAUAUGUACUAUAUAUUACUGACUGCCAAAACAUGGUAAAUUUACAGAAUCCUAAACCAAAUAUUGUUAAAAAUGGAUCCUUUUAAAUAUUUUGGAUGUCAGUGUCUAGUUUACAAUUCCUCAAUAAUAUCAGCUUGAAACGACAAAAUAUUGUGAUAUAAAUACGUAACAGAUAUAAUUUUAGCGCGUUUCAACACAACUCGAAAAAAUCAAAUCACGAACCCUAAAGACUUAAAAAAUAAACCCAAGUGAAAAGUGGUGUUGUAAAAAAAUCAUCUUGUAAUAUAAAAACGUAAAUGAAAAACCAACCCCAUAAGUUUAGAAUUUAGGUUGAUAGAUUAUCAGUUUUUAAUUGUUGAUUGUCCAUUUUAAUUGCUUGAACAGUUAAUUUUAGUAAAAUUCUCUGUUAGUGGUUGAGCAAAUUGAAUGGAUAUCAUAUCUAAUGUAUCUUUGCACAAUUUUUACAUAAAGAAUUUUAACAAAUCUUCAAAGCGAUGAUGUUCUAAAGUUGGUUUGUAUAAAGACAUUGCCAAAAAGAUACUGUACAUUUAAAAGUGAUAAGUUUUUAUUUAUUUAUUUAAUAUCAUUGUACAUAUAAUGUAAUUUCACAUUUGUAUGUGAUAC